AUGGCCGAGAUCGCAGGCUUUCUCGCUAGCAUCGCGCAAGUCGCCAGCAGCGGCAUGCAAUUAAGCUCUGCCAUGUACGAAUCUGCGAGCGGAGCCGCGCGCGCAGAGCAAGAGGUAGCUGACAUUGCCGAUCAUGUCAAAACCACCGCCAUCGCCCUGGAUGGCGUCGCCCGGAUCGUCGCGCAAGAAGAUGGCAUUCAUGAUGUAACAAAUACAGCACUUUCCGAAGCCGGCGACUUGGCCAAGCGAUGCGAGGCCGUCUUUGGCGAUGUUCAAGAUCUCAUCGCAAAACGAAAAAAUCCAGACCAAGACGAAUCUAAGGCUUCGCGGAUGCACGAACAGUCGAAAGAGCAGAAGACCGAGCUGUUAAGACGCCGGCUGGAUAGCCUAAAGCACAGCAUCCUGCUUCUGCUGCACGUCCUGCAGCUAGCAAACGCACAGGCUAAAGGAAGCAUCGACAACAGCUUGAUCGCGCAAGAGCGGGAUGCGAUUCGAGAACUUCACCAACGACAACAGGACGCACUCAGGGCUCUGCAAGCUCUGGAAAGCAACCUCGGCGACGUCUUCUUUUCUGACGAUGAAACACUCAAUGGCUCCGCCGCCCCAUCACGUGUGCCGACUAUCAACUUUCUGGUCCAUUCAUCCGCGCGCGGUGUUUCAUCGGAUGGAAAGAACUCUGGUCCUGACAGGAGCAGGGAACAAGCGCCUAGCGCGUUAGGCGACAAACCUGAAACAUCUGACAGCGACAACAGCGACGAGACGGUGACCGAUGACGACGAGGACCUGACCAUCAACGAGCUCGCUCGUUGCGUGAAUCGCGCCCAGAAAUUCUCGAAGCGCAUCACAGCGUUACAGCAAGCUGGCAAUGCGCACUCCAAUGGCCGUUUCCCUCGCAAUAGGGUGCUAAAGUUGUAUCGCCGAUUCUGCCGCAAAUUCGAAGUAGCUAUGUCUGCUCAUGAGAGUGCAACCCCUACGGUCGCACCGCUAAAACCUGUUCAAUAUACUCAUCAGCACGGCCAGCUUGUGCAGCCCGACGAAGCGGCCCGCGACCCACUGCCGCCAACUCAACAAACACCUGUGACUCUACCAGACCCUUCCGCCAUGGCUGCAAAUCGAGUUGUCCAUAGCCAGAGUUAUUCACAGCCUCAUCAAAACAGCACACGAACUGCGGGACCAGCCGUAGAGGUGCAACAUGCUCCUGCGGCACCUGCUUGGACUAUCUCGUCGGAGCCGCUAGGACCAGGAAGGCGCCCCCAACUACCCCCUCUGAUCAGUCCUGUUUCCACUGUUCCACGCGCAAGUCGCGCCAGUCCAACCAACGACACGAUGUCGCCUAUUGAUGACCAUGAUGCCAGAUACAGUGGAACCGAUGGCGAUGGUGAUCACGGGUCCCACGAGCAUGGCCCAGUUGUCUACACGAAGACAGGUCGAAUCUCGAAAGCAAAGAAAGGUCUGAAGGUCCACGUGUGCGAAGAGUGUGGCAGAUCAUUCACAAGAGCGGAGCACUUACGACGCCAUCAAAAGAACCAUGGUCCAAACCAAGUGCGCUGUGAACUGUGUGGAAAGGUAUUCUUCCGGGCCGACUUGCUCCAGCGCCAUCUGGAACGACAUAAGGACCUACCUCAUCAAACUUACCGAUCGACGUUUGCGUCAAAUACAGAGAGCGCGUCGCCUGUAGCCGACAAUCAGCAUCAUCGACACAUUUUACCUACGCCGGAAACUGUUAGACAUGUCAUACCUUCGCAACAUAGCCCUGGCGGCAGGUCCGUUAAUUCGAGUGGUGCGAGCGGUGCGCCAACCCCGUUAGAAGCAUCAGCAACAGCGUCUUCAACUGUCUUCCCACGCCCGCAUUCUACGUGGGAAACAGGAAAACCCCAAACAGCAAUAUCUCAAGCUCCAGAGGACGUGGCUUCGCAACGUACGCAUGCUUGGCAGACGGUCAAUGCCCAGGAGAGGAGACAGCUCGAAAAUACGACUGCCCACGCAUCUUCGCCCUCCAUACAGCAGUCACAUCCUGGCCUACCGAAGCUGCAGCCACGAGCCGAUACAGCUAACGGUGCCUCGGCCCAAAAGCGCUACAGCAAUAUUCUUCCAGCUCCAGGCGCAGCAAGUUCCCAACAUCAAAAUGCCAACUAUCCGCAAGAGCAUAUGCCCAACAUGGUUCCACCAGUGCAGGCAGCAGUCAAGGCUGUUGCCAGCCCCGCUGUUCAGCACGAACUCCAUCAGUCGGCCCACAGACCCCAUUCUCCAGUCGUUUCUACUGGAUCAGGGUCUGCUGUAACGUCAUACUCGGACCAGAGCCACGUGUCGCGUAGUCUCCCAGCAAGCACACCCGGUCAUGCGGCUAACCAUAACAUCGAGUCUGGCAAAGUUUCGUCUGACAAAGAGGGUGUCAAUUGGAGACUGGCCGAGACGGAUGCACAGCCGUACAGGAAAAGAAAGCAUCAUCGUACUGUAAGCCAAACCGACGGCGAAUCCAGUGGGAUUGACGACCGUGGAAGCGGCCCUGUAGCGCAUCGGACCCCUGACCUUCUUGAUCGCUCUCGAUCAGGAAGCCGCUCACUUAGCCUUGUAACCCCACAAGAUGACAGGGAUCAUGCGUUGUUAGGUGCAAGUCGAACCGAAACCCGACAAGUGGUUUCGCCUCGUGGUGUGCAAUCUGCCACAGCGCUGUCCCCAUCUCUAGCCCAGAGAAGGUCCACUUCGCGCCCUUCUACAGGCGUUUCUGAGCCAGCGAAUGCUCCAGCUGGUAAAGCUACAAGCGGGCCUGAAAGCCCAGAACCCGAAUCGCCAUACAGCCUCGCCACCAUCAAUCGCUACAUUCAAAAUCAGGGUCCGCAGCCUGGGGCGCAAGAUGACACUACAGAAGCGGUCUCCCCGCAGAUCAGCCUCAGUCCUUGCGAAAGAUGCCGAGAGUACAGCAUCAGAUGCGACGGCAAGCUGCCAUCCUGCACCGCAUGCGCAACGACGAAGUAUGCAGGCGAAUGUUCCUUCGCGAGUAUGUCUGCUCAUCCCGCUCACUUGGUGAGUGCUAACACCGGUCCUCCAGGACCCAAGUUCUACGAGAACAUGUCGGCCAUGACGCGCCACGCGAUGGCCGAGCCUCCCUCGCAGCUCAUCCAACCAGUAGUCGCUAGCAACCAGCCGCGCGUCCAGGAAUACAAUAGCGAGGAGGAUCUCCCUUCGCCGUAUCUCAAGGCUCGCGACAAGGGGCGGUCUACGGCGCACAUACCGCGCACGUCGCUCGAUGCCGAUGCCGAGGCGCAGACGUCGCGGAAGAGGAAGGCCGGCGCACAGAACGAUGCCGGAGAGGGCGGAGCGGCGCACGAGCGGAAGCGGUCGAAAGGGGAGUCCGUGGAGGGCGCAAAGGGGAAGGAUAUCGUUGAUCUCUUGUUGAAAGAAUGGACGGUGCCUGUGUCGUAA